AAGCGAUCCCACCCUAGCAUGCAGGUUGCGGGGAUAGCUUGCAGUGUCAUUCUUUUCGUAGCCGUUGCAUACUAUGCGCCGAGACAGCUGAACUUGACUGAGGAGAAGCCCGACGAGCUCUUGACAGACUCUGUCUCCAUAGCCAACAAGAUCUUGAAGGACUCCAAAUUCAAGCAUGCAUCACGAUCUGAGAAGGAAAAGACUGUUCAGAGCUUGUUGGCUAAGGGAAGCGAGCAUGCUUCUGGGAAGAAAGUGGUUUCAAAAGUUGCCAAGAUCGUUGCCAACAAUCACCUCACGUAUCACCAGCGGAUGAUGGCGAUGAAGAGGCUGCUUGACAUGCACACUGAUUCUCUUCAGUCCUCCAAGCACCCGCACGCCGCUCUCUCUCACAAAGCUGCAGCUCCUCAUCCUCACAAGGUUGUUGCGCACCAUGCUCAAGCGAGCAAGGAGAAGCAGCAUGCCAUCAAGAAGGUUGUUCACCACGCUACCGCCAGCCAUGCAGCAGACAAGCCCACUGCCAGCGACAAGGUGUCCAAGUUCGCCAAGCUGGUGAAGUGGGCUGAAGCGCAUGGGCUGCCUAAGAAGUUGGCGAACAAUCCCAAGGAUAGAAAGAAGGUGAAGGACAUUAUUGCAAGGAUGAAAGCGGAUGCGAUGGUGGAGUCGAUUCAGAAACAAUUUAAAAGCGAUGAUGCUAACGUGGAGGACAUUGUCCAUGGAGCUGACUCGUCAGCAGCUGGGGUAGUGUAAGGCACAAACAAGAAAACUUAAAUAAAGCAUCAAGACCUUAGGG